AUGGACAACUUCCAGUACAGUGUCCAGCUCAGUGAUCGAGAAUGGGCCGAGUUCUCAGCCACUGCUGAUGAGUGUGGCCUCUUGCAGGCUGACCUGGCCUCUGGUGACGAGCUCUUGUCCAGUGACAUUGAUCAAGGGGACAGCAGUGGAAGCAGCCCCCCUGGGCCUCCACCCCUCUUCACUGGGCAGCUGGUUUCCCAAGGGAGGGGACAACAGGGCUGUGAGUUGGAGAACGUGGCUGCUCAGCAGCUGGUCAGCAGGUCUCAGUGUGAGCCUGUCCUGGCUCUGGAGGUCAGUCAUCAGGUAGCCAGCACGUCCACACAUUCAGAAGCCCUUCUGUUCCCCAGCUCAGACAGUGUCUGUCCUGGCCAGGCCUUAUCCUUCCCAGAGUCAGCAACUUUCAGAGACAAGAUGCAGAGGCUUUUGCAAGGCCCUGCCCCUAGCUCUUCCGGUAAGCCCCCUCAUAGUCCUGAGUCCCCUGGCCACAGUGCCAUCCCUCAGAGUCCCCCUGACAGCCUUGAAGCUUCACUGCGGAACCCUGGUCGUAAGAAGAGGCGUGCUGGAGGUGCCAAGGGGACCAAGUACUCUGGAUCUUUGGACUCUGCUGGUAUCCAGAUGAGCUCCCCACAACUUACAGAGACCAGGCCCAAGGAGGUUCUUAUGUCUGGGACACUAAUGGCAAAAGUCCAGCAGGAUAAGCCACAGUCGGACUCCACAAGUGCUCCUGAACAUGGCUCUAGUAUUCCUGAACAAACGGCCAGACAGGAUUCAGGCUUGGAUCUUUCUACACCUAUUCUGAUAACUGAACAAGAUACAGACCAGAUCAGAAAGACAUCCAGAGCUGGGUUACAUGUGGUAUCCAAACCUGUCCAGGAAGUUCAUCCAGAUAUCUCCAUAGCCACACCAAAUAUGUCUACACAUGCCUCUAAGCCUCAACCCUACAUGGCUUUGUCUAAACCUGCCUCCAAGCCUCAGUCUGACAUAGCUUCAUCUACACACCCCUUCACGCCUGACAUGACUUUGUCCACACUUGCCUUCAAAUGUCAACCCAAUACAAAUCAGUCUACACCUCCCUCUGAGCCUGACAUGGCUUUGUCUACACCUGCCUCUAUGUCUCAACUGGACAAGGCUGAGCUUGCAUCUGCUUGCACACCUGGAUUGCAUGUGGAUCUAUCUGCAACAGGCUCAGAGAUCAAGCCAGAAAUUUCUCCCUCUAUGCCUGCCUCAGUGGAUGUGCUUUGUAUAGAUUUGCCUCAUUCUGCUUCAAAGACUGAGUCUAAAGAGAGUGUGUCUAUACCUGUUAUGCCUUCUUCAUACCCUAUUUCCCAGGCUGAAGCUGCCACGGUGGAUACAGGCAUGGCUGUGCCUCUAAGGGGAAACACUGAGGCGCCAGUAGGGCAGUUCUCAGCAGGGUCCCCAGGAUACUCCUCAGGAGAGCCCUGCCUAGGUCCUGUCCACGCCCUCAAGAAGAAGAAAGUACGAUUUUCCAUGGCUAUACCCAGCCAUGAAGAAUCAGGGUCAGACAAGCCUACAGGUUCAUCCUUCCUAAGCCCAGACUGGCCCCCAGCUCCCAGGACAGCAGCAGGAAGCCGUGGCGGGUCUGCAGCCUGGGAUGCUGUGGCUGUUGGGCCCCGACUCCCUCAGCCUCGGAUCCUCAAGCACCUGCCUCCUCCUAUAUCCUCUGUAUCAGUAGAGGCUGAGCCUGGAAACUGCUUUGCUGUGACUCUCCCUGAGGCCUACGAGUUCUUCUUCUGUGACACCAUUGAGGAGGAAGAUGAAGAUGUAGAGGAUGAAGAGACAGCCAGCCAAGCCCUGGAUGAAAUCCAAUGGCCUGACACAUGCGAGUUUUUUUUUCGGGAUAGCAGAGCCCAAAGAUCAAGAUGUCAGAGGGGACACUCCUCAGUCUCACCACCAAGAGCAGACAAUGUGGCACCUGUUCCCCCUGGAGAUUUAAUGCCUAUCUCCAUCCCUGAGGCCUAUGAACACUUCUUCACUGAGGAAGGAUUUGGGAACAGAGAGCCACCAGCCACUCACAUCCAGAUGCAUACCUCAGAGUUUUCCAGGGAAGUAGGGCCUGAGGCAUCCUCCAAGCCUGUUCCACCUACAGCAGAACAUCUUAGCUUAACAAUCAAGAAGGCAGGGGAACUACGGAGUCCCCUUACUUCAUUUACAUUCAGCCAAAAUGACAUGUGCCUGGUGUUUGUUGCCUUUGCCACUUGGGCUGUAAGAACCUCAGAUCUACAUGCCCCAGAUGCCUGGAAAACAGUCUUGCUGGCCAACAUUGGCACCAUCUCUGCUAUUCGCUACUUCCGCCGUCAAGUUGGGAGAGGGCAUAGUGACAGACCAAGACCCAGUUCCAGCUCAAACCCCAGCUGCUAG